CGCGCAGGACCCGUCCCUUCAGCAGCGCGCAGCAGCGCAUCCAUCCAUCCAUCCAUCCAUCCUGCCGCGGAGCGAAGCGGAGCCGGGGAUCGUGGGGCCGCGCAGAGCGCACACACACACUGAGCGAGAGGGAAGAGAGAGAGAGAGAGAGAACGAGAUAGAGAGCGACAGAAGAUGGACGGAGUGGGAUCGUUCGGAGCGGGCCGAACCGGGACCGCUGUGGACCCGAUCACGUUCGCCAAGCAGCCGCAGACCAUCCUGAGAGUGCUCUCCUGGAUAUUUUCCCUGGUGGUCUUCGCCUCCAUAGUGAACGAGGGUUAUGUUAACCUGGGCAGUGAGCGCCUCCACUGCGUCUUCAACAAGAACGCCGACGCCUGUAACUACGGCGUGUUUGUGGGCCUGGUGGGCCUGCUGGCGUGCUCCUUCUUCUUCCUCCUCGACUACAAGUUCUCCUCCAUCAGCUCCGUCAAGGACAGGAAGAAGGCCGUGAUGCUGGAGAUUGGCUUCUCAGGGUUUUGGGCCUUUCUGUACUUUGUAAGUUUCUGCUUCCUGGCCAAUCAGUGGUCUCGGACCAAAACCGAAAAUCUGCCUCUCAACCAAGGGGCUGAUGCAGCACGGGCAGCAAUCGCUUUCUCCUUCUUCUCCAUAAUCACAUGGGCUGGCCUAACAGUGCGUGCGGUCCAGAAGUAUCUUCUGGGUACAGACAUGACCCUGUUCACCACCGAGCACAUGGAUGGCGGCGCGCCCACCCAGCCGUACCCGUCCAACUCGCCGGGAGCCGUCCCGCCCGAAACCACAGAAGCCUACCAGAGCCCGCCGUUCACCGAAAACAACACGGCCCCCACGUACCAGGUUCCCAUUUACUAGGACAGACAGAUGUGAUGGCGGAAGAGGUGCAGAUGAGAGAAAUGUGCUUUUCUGUGAUUUCUGUUUCAAGUGAAGCUGUUUACGAGUUGAUCACGGUUUUCAAUGGCUGUUAAAAAAAAACACAGAAUCGCCCCGGCCUCUGCUUCUUUGUUUCCUCCUCUUGUUUCCCGACCCUCCUCAACAUUCCAGCCUGAUCUGCCUUUUUUCCUAGAGCUGCAGAAACCUGCAGAUUUUCCUCCUGCAUCCGUGCAGACAAAGCAAAACUAGAGGAGGAAAAAAUGGAAGGAGGGGACUUUGAAGCGUUCAAACACCAUUUUGUUCUGAAUGCGUUCCACCAAAACAAAACAAAUUACAGUAAGAAAUUACAGUAAGCAGCUCAGGGGGGCUCUUUUACAGCACCACGAUCCUUUCAUGCUUUCAGGUGUCCCGUUUUCUUGCCAAACGCUGGGAAAACCCUUGUUUUCUUUUCUUCUUUUGUUUUUGUUUAGUCAUGAUGAUAACUCCUGUGUUCCCAACUGGUGAUUGUCUGCAUUGGAUCUGUAUGUUUCCAGAUGUAGAGAUCAACUAAGUGCCAUAUUGUGCUGCGUGUUUCAGAAAGUGACUUAGCUGAGUUAGGUUUCCACAUGCUGUAUAACUACAACCACAAUGUUUUGUGACCGAGUGCAAUAUCUCGCAUUACGUACUGUAGGUAGGUACGCACUGUACCGUACUGGAGGUAGGGAGGUUAUAGUCAGAGUAGGUCAACUCUAGGCUCUGUCUCAAAAUCAUGCUAAACCUUUCCCCUGUAAAGUUUCUAACACACAGAAGUUGCCCAAAACAGAUGAGCAGCUCUCCUUCAAUUACAAUGCAAAUCGGAUGUAGUGUUAUUGAAAUUGAAGGGAUUAUUUACCUUUUUUUUAGGUCUUUGAGAGUUUUUAAAGACCGAAAUAUUGUCAUGUUGGAGAAUAUCCCUUUUCCAUCCUGGUGGAUGAAUGGUGCGAAUUUAUUUAAUUCACGUACACCGUUCAGUUUGAUUACAAGUAUAAUCUAAUUCAUGAAUACAAACUUUUACUUUUCUGCACAGCCGAGUCAAGGCGGAAUGAGGCCCUGGGCCGAAUUUCAUUUGGGGCCCCCCUCAGGUUUUUUUUCUCCCGUCACUUUUGCAUUCCGUGCUUAUUGUGCUGAUAAGUAGAAAACUAAUGAUAAAUUAAAUUGACUUUGUGACAUAUUGUGCUUUGCUUGACUGAUGACCAUCACAUUAGUCAUUUCUAAUUAUUUGUCAAAGACAUUUCUGAUAAAGUGCACAUUUUAAAGAUCUUCAUCAAGUUAAUGUUAAAUUUCCAUCAUAAUUCUAUAUUUAUUUUUGCCCUUGAAUUGAUUUUACUCGUUCGCUCUACAACCGCUACAGGAAAGAGAACCGAUAAGUGCUGGAUAGAGAAAAUUGUACACAUCUGAUAUUUCCAGUGGUCCUCCAAAGUGUACACACCCCCAUACAAAUGCUGGAUUUUUCUAAUGGUAAAAUGAGUCAUAUAUAUAUAUAUAUAUAUAUAUAUAUAUAUAUAUAAAUUCAAGUAAACAACCUACUUAAACUGUAUGUUGGAGGAAGAAAGAAAUUCAAAAACAGCCAUGACUUGGUUAGGUUAGUCUUUAUGAAUUGCCACCUGCCAUCAGUUGUAUAUUACAGAUUAACUAGAAAUAAUCUUCAACUGUCCUUGAGGGAUUUUACUGACAUUUUGCUCAUUUGCGUCCUUUAUUUAAAACCAUGGUGACAGAAAGGGUCUGAUUUUCCAAAGGUAUCAGUCAGUGGAAGGAUUAGAUUGACAAAAUCAUGCAACGAAGGGUUUUGUUCUAUAUGUGACCACAAUUUCUUGUGUCCAGGGUUCCAUUUCUUCAGAUUGAACUGUCUUCUUUUUUUUUUGUCAGAUUGAAUGAAAUGAAGGACAUUCCCAAACACCAGUCAGUUUUGGCCCAAAAGCAUCAGUUGUCUCAGUGGCUUUCCUCUUUCUUGUGUUUUCACAAUAAAAAAAAAAGUUUCUGAAUGGCCUAGUUAAAGUCCAGAACUAAAUCUGACACAAAAAAACUGUUAAGUUACCUGAAGAGGACUGUGGACAAAAGAUGUCAUCACAAUCUGAUAGACGUAGAGGAUUUUAACAUUGUAGAGGAGAGAAAUAAUGACAAGCCAAGAUAUGGGACGCUAAUAGACUCGUAGUAAAGAAGACUGAAUGCCCAACAAGAAUGUAAAAGCAAAGAAUUAAUAAGCAUCUGAACUUAUGCACCAAGAUUUUUACAGAUUUUUGAUUUCAUACUACUUUUUCAUUCUAACUGAUUUUCUUGUGGAAUCAAGCUGAAUUUCACGGGAUAUUCGGUUCAUUAUAUCUGCAAAUUUCUGUUAAAUGACUCAACGUAGUCUCUUUUUUUUUUUUUACAUCACAAAAACCUUGCCUUUUUACGGGGUGUGCACACUUUUGAGUGCAUCAGAAUGUACACGAGCUGCGUUACCUGAGACAGCACGAGUGUACGAUGGGGUGAGUGGGGGAGUUUCUGGAGCAGUUAGGUCCGUUUAUCUUUCCAUUUUUAAAAGCUGCCAAACUGCCGUGUGUUGUUAUUGCUGUGUUGGUGUUCAUAGCAUUUUUAUUAGGGGGACUAGAAUACAGAUGAGCUUUCAUUAAGAUCAGGUUGCUAGAGUAUUUAUUUAAGUCUCAAAUCUAAAGUUGACGGCUGAUUUAUUGAUUCUCCAACCCUGCCUUUUUUGCGAUGGGGUGGGGCGAUUGCACGAGUGCGCCCACGUGCAGCAGCUGAACGUGUCAACGCAGAGAUCCCCAUGCAAGAGGAGAACAGAUGUGUGGAGUUGUUGCCCCGUAAACAUUUUUUCCCCACAUGUAUUUGUGAACUGUAUCCAAGCCAAAGGGUCACUGUGGCAAGUUGGGCCUUAAACACACACUUUUGGUUGCCAUCAACACGCUUGUGCCAUAGCUAUAACCGUAUUCUCUGGAUAUCUUCCCACUCUUCUUCUCAGAAGCGGCGAUGUUAACGUUGAGUUUUGUAUAGUCACCAAACUUUCAGUUCAAGCUGUCCUGAGUUUCGAUGGUAGCCUGUUUUAUUUCUGUAUUUAUUUCCAGAGGAAGUCAAAGUUUGUCCACGUAGCUUUGGUUUAGAGGAAAGGUGAAAAGAUGUGGAGGUAGCCCUCCAUUAUUCUGUUUACUUUCUGCUCCAGCACCCUCGGCAAAACCGCCCAAAACACUAUGCAGACGGCUCGUCAACGUAGAUGACUGCAAAUUUCAGCAAAACACUCCCAUCUUCUCAGUCUGAUGUAAAACUAGCAGCUGCUGCCAGUUUACACUGGGUUCAGGUCAUGAAAGUCCCCGAUCGUCCCGACCAAUGCUUUAGUUUUUCUCUUUUUCGCAUGAGAGUGACGGUUUGUAUCAGAUGGCAGGAACUUAGAUAUAACAAGCGGGGCAAGGUUCUCAAACAUACAUCAAAACUGGUCUCGGAUCCGGACAACUAAGCAGUUUUAGAAAUCAUCAGAAUAAUGCAUGAAUCUUUUGUAUAUAACCCAUUAAAUAUAUAACAAAUAUGUCAUUUUUAAGUUAACUCCAGAAUGUUUUGCAGAGAUGUGACAGCAGGAAGCAGAGAAGGAUUAGAAAUGUGCUCCAACACACCAAAAAGCAAGAAUUCACUAAAUGUUUUUUCUCAUCACAGUGAUCCUGGUGAUCACUUAUAUAUGUGUAGAUAUAUUAUAUAUAUAAAUAAAUGUGUAAAUGUGUAAAACAGUUUCAGAAUGCUAAUACUUCUGCAACAGAGAAAUUCAACAGGGGAUCCCUAAAUCCAACAGCUUGAGCUGCAGGACACAUCCGGAACGUGUCGGCACGUUCUUAUCCCUGGUCCAGCCCAAAAAGACCAAAAUAAAUAGAUAAAUAAAUGAAUGAAACAUAGAAAUUAAGAAAUGAGCUUGUACAGGUCAAUGGUUUAGUUGUAAAAACGUCCUAUUGUGUAAGGGAAUCUUAAUUGAAGCCUCACAUAAAGUUUGGUUUGUGUUUUUAAUUUGAAGGAGAUUGAAAUAAUUUGAAAAAGCAUAUAUUUAUAUAUGUAUUGUUUUUUUUUUCUUUUUUUUUUCCACAUUUGGCUGUUUGAAUAAUGAGUGGGAUCACCUAAGGGUUUUGUUUAGCUUCGAGGUCUGUGCAUGUUCAGGUAAUUGGGUAACUUUUUGCUUUUAUUUAAAUGAAAAUGUCUUUAAAUAUACAAAAUUAAAAAAUAUAAUGAUAAUAAAAAAAAGUCUAAAACCACCUGUGAAGAUGAAACAAAGAGAUGUCCUCAUUCAUUUUGUGAGCAUCACAUAAAAGACGUGAUGCUUCUCUUCUGGGCCCUCUGGUUUUCAUUCCCCUACAAACCAAUAUGGACAAAAAAAGCCAAAUAGAAUAAACGCAUUUCUAAAAAUUAGCUGAGUAUUAAUAGGAAUUGGUAAUAAUUUUAAUUUUAUGUCACGGGGGGCGGGGUUGUUAGUGGAAACUGAGGCGAAAAAGCAAGCAGUUUUUAUUUCUCUUUGCCUAAGUUUUAUGUACUUUUUUUUCCAAAUGUCUGCUUAUCUGUAUUGGAAAAGAAAGGAAAAAACAGAGUUUCAGCUUAUUUUCAAUUUUUUAUAUCGCUGUUUGUUUUUGAUUGCUAAAUCUUGAGGAAAAAUCCAAUUACCAAAACAUGCAGGGAAUAAAUAAGCGUCCAUCGUGGACUUAAAGAACUACACCUUGUUUAUGCUGCACAUUCCUCCACCUGAAGAGGAUGUUGGCAGGUUUGAAGCGACUCGGCACAAGUUCAUGAAUUUCGACUUGAGUUUGAACUAAUUACACUUUAAAUGUGACAUAAAAAUGUUUUACACGUGCUGCAUGCAUCUUUGUAACUCUCAAAAGUAAUCUAUAAAUGACAUGUGGCUGGAAAUGGCAGCACUUUGGAAAGAUAAUAAAGUAACAGUGUAGUCCUUUAAGUCCUCAUAUAAAAGUUGCCAAUGUUUUUGUGUGCGUUUUUGGGUGGGUCUUGUCAGAUCAGGACUUUUUAUCAAUCUCAGUGCUUCAGUCUCCUAUCCAGUCAGUGUUGUAGAUGAAUAUUAUUAAUAAUGAUAUAAAACAAGCAUUCUCUGUGUGUCGUGCUCUGGCCUCUGUACACUACUGUGGUAUUGGUUGAUUGUAUAAAAAGAAACUACCAAAAAACAAAAAAAACAAAAAAAGUAUGUUCAUGAAGUAAAUGGAGCUCUUGUGUGAUGGCGUCCAGGGUCCGGUUUGUCCUGUGCUACUGAAAAUAAGAAAAUAUUAUCAUGAAUAAGAGUUAUUUAUUACCUAGGCUGCACUCCUUUUUUGCAAAUACUUUGUGGAAAAGUGGUGACGGGGCCCAGGUUGAUGUUUUACGCCAUCGUUCUGUCCUUUUAGUGAUGCUCAAGUGAUGAAAAAGGCUGUUAGAUGUAGUUAAGCUGGCGCUGUCAGCGGUACCAGAACAAUACGUUGCAUGGAUGUUAAAGAUACACCCAACCCUAUAGCCCCUCCCUGUUAAGAAAAUAAAAAGGAUUCUCAUCGAUUGAAGAAGCAAACAUUGUUUUGUUUUUUUUUUUUUUGUAGUGUGCCAUCCCUUUAACGUUUAGUUUUUUUUUUCUUUCUAAGCUGUUUCUUCCUGUUCUGAAGCUGUAUGGCCUCUUCAGUGUAAACUCGCUGUGUACAGAGAUGUGUGUCACCGUCUGUUACUUGGACUGCAGUCUGACCAUCACGCCAAUAAAAGACAAAAUCGGUUUUGGA